AUGUUCCGCAAGCUCCGUAUUCGUGGUAGCAAGCCCGCGCAAUCAGCGCCGGCCACAACAGGAGAGAGCAAAACUGUUGACCCAUCCCCUCACGCCAUCCAUAUUAGCGACCUACUCCAGAGAGAGAAGGCCUACGGCGAGUUUGACCCUACAGACGACUUCGAAACAGAUUACCUUUGCGACAGUCAUAUCUACAAUGUCCGCUUUAUCCCGCCUAACGUCAUGGGGCUUAGCCUAGCUUACCUCUGCCUCAUGCAGCAUGUUUGCAUCGUCUUCUCGUACGACGCUUCGUCGAGGGAAUCGUGGGGCGAAAUGGUCGCCGCCUGCGAGGGGAUGCGCAGCCGCUGCGAAGACGGGGUCUCCCCCUUUCUUGCGACAAUGAUCGCCGCCAUGGAUGAAGGUGAAGCCCCAGUGUCGCACGUGGAAGCUAAGGCGUUUGCAACCCAGCGGGACUUUCGCUUUGUCAAGUUUUCGCCCGCAACUGGGCGCGGCAUUUGCAAUGCGGUCAGCUCGCUAGUUGAGCUGGCGCCCGGUGCUCGUGAUAAGUAUGCUAUGGAUCAGGAGGGCUAUACCCAGAGGUACAAGAGGGCGGAGGCAUUGCAGGCAUUAUCUCUCACCUAG